AUGUCGGAAUACUGGGUGUCGCAUAAACGUUACCACUGCAAGUAUUGUAACAUUUAUAUAGCAGACGAUGUUCCAUCUAGGCAGCACCACGAGAAUGGAAUGCGCCAUAAAGGCAAUGUCGAACGCUUUGUGCGCGGGCUGUACAAGGCUGGCGAGAAAGCCGUGAAGGAUAGGGACGAGGAGAAGCGUGAAAUGGAGAGGAUUAGCAAAGUCGCCGCCGCUGCAUAUGCUCAAGAUGUAGGUGCUGGACUUGGAGGAGUCGGAUCAUCGUCUUCACGUAGUGCUCCCGCUGCAGCACCUGCGCCGAAGAAGCCUCCAACAAAACCAAGCAAUCCGUAUGCCAACUACUCGACGGCUGCAUCGCUAGGAUAUGUUGAUCCUGAUGUGGAGCGAGCUAAGGCAGAGGCAGAUAUGAGGCAGACGAUGGGUGUUGCAGGAGAAUGGCAGUACGUUCAAAAUUAUACAUCGGCGUCUCCUGCGCCGAUACGGAGUGAGGUUCCAAGCGUAUCAGAGGAUGCAAACGGAGAGAUAGCAGGGUCUUCUAUGGAUGACAGGAAACGUGAAGCACCGGUGGACGAGAUCGAGGACGAACGUGUUUUCAAGCUGAGGAAGAAGACGGUUGACAUAGGAUUGGGAGAAAUAUAUGACCCGGGGCUUAUACCUAUCAAGCUGAAAGUGAAGAAAGAGGAGUCGAUGGAACCGCAGCCUACUUCAUCGAAGACUGUCGUUGACAAUAUCAAAGCGGAUGCUCAGGACGCGCUAACUAAUGAUGCGAAGGUGAAGAUAGCAUGGAAACGUGCAGCAUUUCAACCGGCAGCCGAUGAGCCUGCCCCUGACAGCGUGAAAGCAGACUCUGGUGGGGAAGAUGUUCCAAAGGUGAAACUCGAGGAGUCUGGAGCUGUUAAAGAAGAAAAAAAGGAGGAGGCAAUUUGCCCUCCUCUAGAUGUUCCUGCGCCUACAAGCCUCUUUCGCAAAAGAAAGCUACCCACGAGACAUUAG